AUGACCGUCGACACGGCCGCCACCAGUACCAUCUUCGACUUCGACGAGCUGGAGAAGGUGGACCUCCGGCAUCCAACAACUGAACGCGUGCAGAAUUUAGGUUCCCCAGUGGCUUCGCUAGACAUGAAUGGCAGUGUUAGGUCAUCCUUUUGUGCUGAUUCGGCAUUGAGGCUUGAGUUCCAGAAGCUUCAAUCCCUGCACAAGGCUUAUGCGAAGAUCGACCUGACGAAUGGAAGCUGCCACAGAGCAAAGCAGAGUGAGGAUCCGAAACAGGAGGAAGAGCCUCUGGAAAGCGAUGCAUCAGACGAGCUGACCGACCUGGAUGAGGCUUUCGAUGGUCUGGAUGCGCUGUCAGAGAUCUGGCCAGGUGACGUGCCCAGCUCUGAGGACGACUUGGCUGACCUCCCAGAGUUGGUCCCAGGCCCAGAGUACCAGCGGCCAGGGGUCUGGGAGGUAUGCGUCGUACGUGUCAUUGUGCGCAAGGAGCCAAACGUGGACGCAGGGGUGCAGAGCUUGUGCCAUGAAAAGGAGCUUCUCUUCGAAGAGCUGGAGGGUUCCGAGAACGAAGAUUGGGUAUGCCUCGAACGUCAGCGGGGAUACGUCUUGAAGGAUGGCAGCGUGAAGGAUCCGAAAUUGGGUCUUCUGGUGCGGCCGUUCCAUCUCAGAGGCGUUCCCAGCGACCAAAGCGAAAGUGUUAUGUCCCUUCUGCGGACGACGUGGCGGAGCGCGCGGGAGCAGAACGGUGCCUUCGAUGGAUUCAACGAGAAUUCAGAGAAAAUUCAGAAUCGAGGUCUUCUGCGCCCCCAGCUCGUUGCGAAGCUGCGCCGCGCAGAGGAGGAUGCGGUCUCCGCCGCCUUAUCAAAAGCGACAUUCGAUUUUGAUGCCUUUCAAACUGAAUAUCAGCGAGGCGUCAGUGUGGUCCUCUCCGAGCAAGGCUUUCUUGCGCAGGCGAGGAUGCUGAUGCAAAAAGCUGUUGCGGCUGGGAGCCAGGGCGCAGGUAAGCUGCGCUAUGCGCCCAGCGACCGAACGAAGGGCGACAUGGACCAGGCAUCUGUGACUGCGCUUAUUGCGGCCAUGCGCGCGCGAACGCUGCCAAGCCAGGAGGAUGCCAUCUCCACCGUGGCGGCAGCGGCAAAACUCCUCGGCCAGCAGCCGACAUUGGUGAGGUUGCAGCUGCCGGCUGGAGCUACAGUGCAUGUGGUUGGAGAUGUUCAUGGUCAGUUCUGGGACUUGCUUCAUAUCUUGGAGUUCUGUGGCGAGCCUUCCCUGCAGAACCAGUAUCUUUUCAAUGGCGAUUUUGUGGACCGCGGUCAAUUUUCUGUAGAGGUGGCCCUGUUGCUGCUCGCGAUGAAGGUUGCGGCACCCAGGGCUGUGCACCUGAACCGAGGCAACCACGAAGCGGUCCGGAUGAAUGCACUGUACGGCUUCAUGCAAGAAACUGAGCAGAAGUACAGCAACGAGCUGUUCCGGCAGUUUGCAGAGGCUUUUCGAAACUUACCUCUGGCAACUUUGGUCAAUGAUUCCGUUUUCGUUGUCCAUGGCGGCCUGAGUUCGAAGGAUGGCGUCCGUUUGUCUGAGAUUGCGCAUCUGGAUCGCAAGCGCGAGCCCGAUGAGAUUGCUGACCAGCUGAUGCUGGACCUCCUUUGGUCGGAUCCGAUGGAGCGAGAUGGCUAUGCCCAGUCGCCUCGGGGCGGCGGCAUCCUCUUCGGACCUGAUGUCACUCAACGCUUUUGCGAGCAGAACGGCCUCUCGUGCGUCAUCCGAUCGCAUGAGAUGAAGUCGGAGGGCUACGAGUGGCAGCGGCUGGGCCGCUGCCUCACCGUCUUCUCCGCUCCGAACUACUGCGACAUGUGUGGCAAUCUUGGGGCGGUCUGCGACAUCCAGGCAAAGCCUGGACAGAAGCGCAUCUCGGUGAACGAUCUCAAUGUCCGCACCUUCGAGUGUUCACCGCACCCGGAGGAGCCGCACAUGGCCAACCUGAUGUUUCGACCGUUCUGCUGA